AUGUUCGUAUUGUUCAUGAAGAGUACAGGGAAAAUGAGAGGCAACCGCUUCGGCGAGAAAUGUUAUAGAAAACGUUUCGGUGAUAGGAAAUUGCCAUCGAUUGAUGUGAUGAAGAGCUGGAAACGUCCUAAGAUCUUCUUCACGAGUAUCCAAAGGAAGAAAUCCUUCCAAGGCAACAACGCACUGGUGAAAUGGAAAAUGAAUAGGGUCUGGAAGCAGAAUUUCCCUGGAAGACUUUACUUCUUCACUCCGAAUAGAGGUUUCCCUUUUGAAGAUGUUGAUGCUCCUGAGGUUGUCGAACUUGAUGAGGUUCCCUGUUUUUGCUUAACUUUAUUCAAAGACGAUCGUGUCGGUGUCUGGAAACGUCCAUGUUUACUACACAAUAUGUGA